AUUUAUGCUUUGCAAAUCAUACUGUUUCCAAUAAUUAUAGUUGGUCACUAUACACGGUUUUUAGCAGACAUGGACUCUUGCGUAUUUUCCAAUUUACAAAAGGAAAAAUAUUAAAAAAUAGUAAUAAAAAAGGGAAAAAAAACAAUGGAGACAUCGUCGUCGUCUCCUUCCUCCCUCCUUCCUGGUCGCCCAUGGAUUAUUCCAUAGAUACGACCUAGCUGCGCUGCUACAGCCCCCGCAUUUCCCUUCCCCCAAUCCUCUCCUCCACGAACACGCCCUCCCUUUUGCCCGUUCCCAGCCUCGAACGGCAAAUCAAAAGGCAGAUAUAUGAGCUCUUGGUCAUCGUCUCCACGCCCCAUUGGUAGCCGCCUCUGAAAUUCCUAUAAAAAAAGAUAUAUGGGUGGAGCCAUCACCCACGCCGCCAAGAUCCUGUCUUCUUGCGCGGCCAGCUCGUAGCUCCACGCCGGAUAGAUAGAAGAGGCCAACCUUUCCUCCCCGCUUGCUCCCCUUUUCUUUCGGCAGGAUUGCACAUCUUCCCCCACGUGACACCUGAGAAAGUGAGAGCACAGAUUUCUUCUUCCCCUUGCUGCUGCCGUUUCUCGUUUCCGUUCCUCUCUGCUCGUGGGUUUGUCAUAGAUAAACCUCGCAUAAAGCUUCGUUCCCUCGGCUCUUGGUCCCAAUCGGCAGGGCUCCUCCGCUUACCCGCUCCAAUUUCUCCCCCCCCCCCCCCCCCCCCCCCCCCUGUUCUUCUGUCUCCAACCCGCGGGAAUCCUUGAGGAGUUGCAGGAAUUUGUAGCGAGAGGCUCCUUUCCUGCUGCGGAGGCCGUCGUACGGUUCUUGAUCCGGGGAGCACACCUGGGGCGCGCCAAUGCAGCCGGACCCGAGCGGGAACACCAAUGCGAAGGCGAAGCUGCCGUUGAUGGCUCCGGCGCCGUCGUCGGGGCGCCCGGCGUCCGUGCUGCCGUACAAGACGGCGAACGUGCGGGACCACUAUCGCAUCGGCAAGAAGCUGGGGCAGGGGCAGUUCGGCACCACGUACCACUGUGUGGGCAAGGCCGACGGCGCCGAGUACGCGUGCAAGUCCAUUCCCAAGCGCAAGCUGCUGUGCCGGGAGGACUACGAGGACGUGUACCGCGAGAUCCAGAUCAUGCACCACCUCUCCGAGCACCCCAACGUCGUCCGCAUCCGCGGCGCCUAUGAGGACGCGCUCUUCGUGCACAUUGUCAUGGAGCUAUGCGCCGGCGGCGAGCUCUUCGACCGCAUCGUCGCCAAAGGCCACUACAGUGAGCGCGCGGCAGCGAACCUCAUCAAGACCAUUGUCGGGGUCGUGGAGGGAUGCCACUCGCUCGGGGUCAUGCACCGGGACCUCAAGCCGGAGAACUUUCUCUUUGCCAGCACCGCUGAGGAAGCCCCACUCAAGGCCACUGACUUUGGGCUGUCCAUGUUCUACAAGCCCGGUGAUAAAUUCUCUGAUGUCGUUGGAAGCCCUUAUUAUGUUGCACCAGAGGUACUUCAGAAAUGUUAUGGUCCAGAAGCUGAUGUGUGGAGCGCAGGGGUAAUUCUGUACAUUUUGCUUUGUGGUGUCCCUCCAUUUUGGGCAGAAACUGAGUCUGGAAUCUUCAGGCAGAUUAUGCGAGCCAAACUUGAUUUUGAAUCUGAACCCUGGCCCAGUAUUUCUGAUAGCGCUAAGGAUCUGGUCCGCAAUAUGCUUACUCGGGAUCCUAAAAAGAGAUUUAGUGCUCAUGAGGUUCUCUGCCACCCAUGGAUUGUUGAUGAUGCCGUGGCGCCUGAUAAGCCUAUUGAUUCUGCUGUUCUCUCAAGGCUGAAGCAUUUUUCGGCAAUGAACAAGCUCAAGAAGAUGGCAUUAAGGGUUAUUGCUGAAAGCCUGUCUGAGGAAGAGAUUGGAGGCCUCAAGGAGUUGUUCAAGAUGAUUGAUACUGACAAUAGUGGGACUAUAACAUUUGAUGAGCUGAAAGAUGGCUUAAAAAGGGUAGGCUCCGAAUUAACAGAGAACGAAAUCCAGGCUCUAAUGGAAGCAGCUGAUAUUGAUAACAGCGGAACCAUCGACUAUGGUGAAUUCAUCGCAGCUACUCUGCACAUGAAUAAGCUGGAGAGGGAGGAGAACUUGGUUUCGGCAUUCUCAUUUUUUGACAAAGACGGAAGUGGCUUUAUAACCAUUGAUGAACUGUCACAAGCAUGUCAUGAAUUCGGUCUUGAUGACGUCCACCUCGAGGAUAUGAUUAAAGAUGUUGACCAGAACAAUGAUGGCCAAAUCGACUACAGCGAGUUCACAGCGAUGAUGAGGAAGGGCAAUGCUGGUGCAACAGGAAGGAGAACCAUGAGGAACAGCUUGCACUUGAAUCUCGGCGAACUCUUGAAUCCCAGCAAAACCUAGCGUGCAUUGGAAGGUCUUGUCGGGUACAUUCCCAUGGCAUAUGAAGAUUUUGGAUGCGUUGUCGAUCGGCUGGCCUAUUCUGAGAUGUUGAGCGGUUGUCCUGUGGUAUUACUAAGAUGCUGAAGAAUUUUCCUAGAAGUACAACUGCCCUGCGGCAUAUAUGUAUAACUGUCGAUGUAAUGUAGAUUGAACAUGGUCUAAACAUUACUUCCCUAGAAGUACAACUUCUCUGCUGUCAAGUGUGUGUUUAGUUGAUAUUGAAUAGCAAUUUCUUUCUCUAAUUUCAUUGAUGACUCUUUUUUA